AAAGGCCAAGGAGGUUCCCGAGGCCCCCCGUGUGUCUCUAUCUCUGCCCCAGUUAUAGCAUUUAAUGGCAGACAGCACACAGGAUAACAUUUAAGAGCCUCCUGGUCCAGACCCAGAAGAUUAAUUGAAGACUUCGGAACUGAAACUUGAUGGAGGACACUGGAUCAGGACUGAAGAACUCUGUGUCCUUUUGUCUACCCCUUCCUCCCCUUCCAGAUGUGUCCUAAAGUUCUAGGAUGGUGGUUACUUUUGGAAAGUCCACCUUUGAGAUUCACGGCCCAAUAUGGAAUACAGAAAGGAGCAGGGUAUUGGGAGUGUGUGGCAUGCAUCCUGCCCAUCAGGAAGCUCUGAAAAAGAACCGAGUGCUGCUGGCCAAACAGCUGUUGCUGAGUGAACUGUUAGAACAUCUCCUGGAACAAGAUAUCAUCACCUUCGAAAUGAGGGAGCACAUUCAGGCCAAAGUGGGCAGUUUCAGCCAGAAUGUGGAACUCCUCAGCUUGCUUCCCAAGAGGGGUCCCCAUGCUUUUGAUGCCUUCUGUGUGGCCCUGAGGGAAACCAAGCAGGGUCACCUGGAGGAUCUGUUACUCUCAACCCUCUCUGGUUUUCAGCAUGUACUCUCACCGUUGAGCUGUGACCACAACUUGAGUCUGUCUUUCCCGGUGUGUGAGUCCUGUCCUCCUCACAAGCAGCUGCGCCUGUCUGCAGAUACUGUGGAACACUCUCUAGACAACAGAGAUGGCCCACCCUGCCUUCAGGUGAAGCCUUGUACUCCUGAGUUCUAUCGAACACACCACCAGCUGGCCUAUAGGUUGCAGUCUCGGCCGCGUGGCCUGGCACUGGUCCUGAGCAACGUGCACUUCACUGGAGAGAAGGACCUGGACUUCCGCUCCGGAGGGGACGUGGACCACAGCAAUCUAGUCACCCUCUUCAAGCUCUUGGGCUAUAAUGUCCAUGUUCUACUUGACCAGACUGCACAGGAAAUGCAAGAGAAACUCCAGAAUUUUGCCCAGUUGCCUGCUCACCGAGUCACUGACUCCUGCAUUGUGGCCCUCCUCUCUCACGGCGUGGAGGGCGGCGUCUAUGGUGUGGACGGCAAGGUGCUUCAGCUACAAGAGGUGUUUCGGCUCUUUGACAAUGCCAACUGCCCGAGCUUACAGAACAAGCCGAAAAUGUUCUUCAUCCAGGCCUGCCGUGGAGAUGAAACGGAUCGUGGGGUUGACCAGCAGGAUGGAAAGGGCCACUCCCUGUCCCCUGAGUGCGAGGAGGGUGAUGCUGGUAGACAGGAAUUGCUGAAGAUGCGACUGCCCACUCGCUCGGACAUGAUAUGUGGCUAUGCCUGCCUCAGAGGGACUGCCGCCAUGCGUAACACCAAACGGGGUUCCUGGUAUAUCGAGGCCCUCACUCAAAUCUUCUCUGAGAGGGCUUGUGACAUGCACGUGGCCGACAUGCUUGUCAAAGUGAAUGGACUUAUCAAGGAGCGCGAAGGCUAUGCCCCCGGCACAGAGUUCCACCGGUGCAAGGAGAUGUCGGAGUACUGUAGCACCCUGUGCCGGCACCUCUAUCUGUUCCCCGGACACCCUCCCACGUGACGCCUCCGCUCGGCCCCGGGGCCACAUGUGGUGUGCUGGAGCUUCUGCAGGAUCGCGGUUUCUGUCCUUCCCUCUCAGGGAUUGGGAGUUUCGGGCUGGUUUCACAGCCUGCCAUCCUCGACGUUGAAUCCUGGCCCACAGGCUGGCUCCCCCUGUGUGAGGCUCUCUCCCUGGGCUGGCCCUGGCUGGACGGGUUGCCAGCAACGUUUGGCUGCCGUAGAGGAGCCUGGUGAAAGGUGUGUGAGCACGGGGGCUUUGUGGGGAGAGGCAUGCAGGUCUCCUCGACCUGUGUGCUCACUUCCUGCCCCGGGCUUUUGUAGGUAGCAUUGUGGUGGUUGCUUUUGUUACGUUAGUUAAGAUGUCUUGGAGGUCAUCUCCCAUCUUUCAUAUCCCAGCCCCACUUGUCCCAGAGUGAGAGUCCUCGUUUAAUGUAGGCAUUUCCCACGUGGCUUUGGAAGGACAAACAAGACCAGAGACACACUCUGCUGCUGUGUGUGGAACAGCCUGUGCAUUCCUCCUGUGCAGCAAGGCCACCGCAGGAAGGACAGUGCCACCUGUGGCUCCUCUGGACUCAAGGAAUCCGAGCUUUCAGCAGAGGCUAGGGAUCGGAUGCCUUGUAUCUGGAACUCACUGAUCUUUAUGCAGGGACGUCCCAAAGGUCUUUUCUCCGAACUUUUACUGGAAUGAGCCUGGCAGUGCCAGCAGGGGCAGGUGAGGGUGGGAUGCUUCCUCAUCCUCUAACCCAGUGGUUCUCAACCUACCUUCUGGCCCUUUAAAUACA